CGGAGACGGUACGUGAGAGGGAGAGUCAGUAAUGGUCUACACAAUACACUGUUCCGUUUGUACCUUUGCUGCCAACUCUGCGUUAACUUGACAGUCGGUGGAUUGUGGGUGGAGAUUCACCAGUGACUGAAACGAUCUGUUUCUGUCUGAGACAGGAAUGGGGACAUCGCAGCAGAGUGCUCAGUUCAUAGAGAAGCACAGGGCGGAGCUCAUUCAGAGGGUAUCGCUGGUGGAGCCUAUAGCCGACGGCCUGCUCUCACACAGACUGAUCCAUGAGGAGGCGUACUCCAACAUCCGAGCUGCCCCGACCAGCCAGGAGAAGAUGCGAGCGCUGCUCGGGGCGCUGUCCACGGCCGCCGUGAAAGGCGAGUUCCUCAGGAUACUGGAAGAGCACGAUCCUCACCUGGUCCAGGAGCUGAGAGGACAGAGGAGAGGGAUCCAAGACUCUGGUAAGUGA